UUCAGCUAAGCGGAAGAACCCGCCUCGCACGGGGUUUCCUGGGCUGUGCACACGGGGCAUCUUCCUUUCUGUCCGACAUCUUUGAAAGAGCAGCAGCAUGCCACCUAAAGACGACAAGAAGAAGAAGGAUGCGGGCAAGUCCGCCAAGAAGGACAAGGAUCCCGUCAACAAGUCUGGGGGCAAGGCCAAGAAGAAGAAGUGGUCCAAGGGAAAAGUGAGGGACAAGCUGAACAAUCUUGUGCUGUUUGACAAGGCUACAUAUGACAAGCUGUGCAAGGAAGUCCCAAACUACAAGCUCAUCACACCUGCCGUGGUGUCUGAGAGGCUGAAGAUCAGGGGUUCUCUCGCCAGGGCUGCCCUGCAGGAGCUGCUUAACAAAGGUCUUAUCAAACUUGUGUCCAAGCAUCGAGCCCAGGUUAUUUACACAAGAAAUACUAAAGGAGGAGAUGCACCCGCAGGGACCGAAGAAGCAUAAGCAGGACUUGCCAGAUACAUGUACAAAUAAACUGUUCUAAAAUAAA